CUCCCUACGGAAUUGGAAGCCCGCCGCCGGCUGCCGCUCCGCCCCUUUCGCUCGCGCGCUUCCACCGGCGCGGGCGAGGCCGAAGCAGGGGCAUCGGCGGCGGCGUCGGCGGCGGCGCCGAAGCAAGCCGGCCGUGCUCAAGUGCUGGACCAAGAUGGAGGCGGCAGGGGAUGGCUCCAUGGGCAUGUUCGGAGGAACGCCGGAUGCCGCCGCCGCCAUCGGCAGAUCUGCCGAGGUUGCUGGUCUCCUGAACAAGUUGGUGAAUGGUCUGGGAGCAGCAGUUAUGGACAUCCCCAGCGACGAAUUCACAAUCCAUCCAUCAACUGACCUUUUAAUACAAGCCCUGCAGAAUUACUCUUGCAACACAUAUUUGGUGGAGCCAGUGCAUCACACCACUGAUCCUUGCUCUCACAUGGUCGAUUGCUGGGCAGCCAAGCUCAAGAAAGAUGCAGAAAUGAUACGCCGAGGUGAAAAGGGUGGGAAAUACAUAUUCCUCCUGAAUAACACAUAUGAUGUUUUGCAAAUGCUGCAGCCUCCAAGUGCCUCUUUCGCCGGUGUUGAAGAAUUGGAGAGUAGGCUCACAUCAAUGGUCGAGCUGUACAAGAAGUGCUACUUGGAUGAGUGUUGGGCUCCUCUGCAUCGCUUAAACUUGGACAUGUUUGCUGCUGAAUUUCGUGCCAUCUGUGACUGCCAGUCGACAUGGAAGGUUACGGCUGAGCUCAGGUACAAACUGCGGCAGGAGAUUGUGGAUUUCGUUGUUCCACCGUAUGAGGUGUCCUUGUGUGAUCGAAGCGGAGGUUCGGGGCUGUCUUUUCCGCUGAAACGACUGGUGUUCGGAGGGAAGAAACAGAAGAAGAGGUACUAUACUGGUGCCCAACUGGAAGGGAAGAUAAGAGGAUUGUUUGAGGGAUGAGCAAUCUCCUCUCCUGUCAUGAUCUUAAUAGUUGCACCUGUGCCUGUAUAUCUUUCUCUCUUUGGAAAGGUGGGUUCGGUCUGUAAUGCCAUGCGUUAGAUGCCAUUGUCAUGCUGCAGUUGCCGUGAUGUGAUAGUUUCAGUCUUUUAGAGACCAGAGUUGUGGUUGCCAAGGCGUUUUUGUUCGAAACCUUGAUAUGUGUAUGUUUGACAUGUAUGACUCAUUGGUUGCAAGUUGGAAUAUAAAUGAAAUUGAUCACACACACUA